UUCAUGCAUCACCAUAUCAUCGCCCUCGGAGGCCGUCUGCGAUGUUAAGAAAAAAUGGAAGUCUUCGACAGCAGUUCAAAGAAAGGCUGAACACGCUUCCUAAACACGCCUCAGGCGGUGUUGCUCACACGGCUCCAGUACAGUGGCCGUAUUUCGAGGCUAUGGUGUUCUUAGGAGAUAAUUUUGAAUCUAGAGCGACUAGUGGAAAUUUGGAUCCCGUGGAUACCAGCGAUACGACUGAACACAACAGCAAGUAUAGUUCUCAUUUUGAUGAAGUUCAUAGCCAACCAACAACAUCUUCAUCAUCACCACUUUCACCAGUGUCUUCUAAUCGUGCUGAGACACCACCAAACUCUACACCUGCUGCACGUAGGGCCUAAAGGAAGAGACCACGAACUGUAGACCCAAUUGCAAUUCAGUUGAUAGAAAUUGAAAAAGAGAAAUUGCGUAUGUGCAAAGGAAAAGAGUCGCUGUUAUCAGAAAAAAACAGAUGAAGAUGUAGUUUUCUUCAUGUCUCUUCUUCCUCACGUGAGA